AUGAUCCCCAACCUAAAGGCAUAAGCCACUGAAUUGAUUAAAGAGCAUACUUAAAAGAUAGUUUUAUCUAUUGAAGAUGGUGGGAAUGAUGUAGCUAUGAUUUAAGUUGCUAAUGUUGGAGUCGGAAGAGUGGGCAAAGAAGGAAAAUAAGCAGCUUUAGCAACCAAUAUUUCCGUUUGAAAAUUUAAGCAAUUAGAUGUUUUAUUAUUAUGGCAUGGUAGAUUAGCUUAUAAGAGAACCUCUUUAAUGGCUUAAUUCGUCACGCAUCGAGGUUUACUCUAGAUUGUUUUCUAUUUUGUAGCUAUUCCUAUCUAUAAUGGUUGGUUGAUGUUAGAAUAUGCCACAGUUUACACAAUGUUUCCUGUUUUUUGUUUAAUUUUUGAUUAAGAUGUAACUAAAGAAAAAGCUCUCGCAUACACAGUACUAUAGAAAGCUUUACUAAAAGUCAAAGAGUAAACAGUAAAGACAUUUUGCUCUGUCUAUUUAAAUCUGUUUUUAUGGUAAUCAUUUAAACAAUUAUUGUAGCUGCUGUUAUUAUGGUUUAGAGUUUGACUAUCUUUCAAAAUAAAUUUCUUGA